UCGGGGCCCGCACUGGCUGAGCAGGGAGCCCUGGGCGGGCGAUGGGGGACCGAGAGCACAACAAGAGGCGCCUGCUGGAGCUGCUGCGGGCGGCUGGCACCGGCAAUGGGCUGUGCGCGGACUGCGGGGCACCAGAUCCUGACUGGGCCUCUUACAAGCUGGGGAUAUUCAUCUGCCUGAAUUGCUCUGGGGUCCACCGGAACUUUCCUGAGAUCAGUAGAGUUAAAUCCGUUCGCCUGGACUUCUGGGAUGACUGUAUCGUGGAGGUAGAAGGGGGAACGGGCAACCGUGAAGGGCUCCUUUGGAAGCGUGGAAGGGACAAUGGACAGUACCUGAGGAGGAAGUUUGUCCUUUUGACAAGAGAAGGCCUUCUGAAAUACUACACUAAAGAAGAAGGAAAAGCACCCAAAGCUGUCAUCAACAUAAAGGACUUGAAUGCCACAUUCCAGACAGAGAAGAUAGGAAACCCCCAUGGACUGCAGAUCACCUACAAGAGAGAUGGUCACACCAGGAACCUCUUUGUAUAUCAUGAGAAUGGGAAGGAGAUAGUGGAUUGGUUCAAUGCCUUCCGGGCAGCCCGUCUACACUACCUGAAAACGACCUUUCCUGAGCUCCCAGAGUCUGAGCUCCUGCCUCACAUCACCAGGAAUUACCUCAAGCAAGGCUACAUGGAAAAGACUGGCCCAAAGCAGAGGGAAGCAUUUAAGAAACGGUGGUUCGCUCUUGACCCUCAAGAGAGGAGGCUCUUCUAUUACAAGAACCCAUUGGACGCAUUUGAACAGGGUCAGGUUUUCAUUGGGAACAAGGAGCACGGGUACGAGAUCCACGAUGAUGUCCCCAAGGGCGUCCGGGGGAACCGCUGGAAGGCUGGCAUCACCAUUGUCACCCCAGAGCGACGAUUUGUCUUUGCCUGUCCCAACGAGAAGGAGCAGAGGGAAUGGCUGGAGAGUUUACGGCAUGUCCUCGCCCUCCCCGUGACCCCCCUAAAUCCUUAUGACAAAGGUAGAAAGCAAGGUGGUGACUUUCCUUCUGGCCACGUAGGUAUGUUCCCAGGAUGCCAGGACACUGAACAAGGUCCCUCCCAUCACUACCGUUCCUUCUGCUUCACCCCUGGAAAGUGCUCACAGCGCAGCCUAACCCGAAACCUGGGCGGGCCAGACCCACAGGCCCCUCCUUCUGCUGGGGCAGAAAGGAGAAGUUCUGGCUGGAAAAGUACAGGCUUUGAAAGUGAUCCCACACCGUCCCCUAGCAGCAGACUGUCAAGUGCACCACAGGCUGUGUGA